GCACCUCCUGUUAGCGGCCGCGGAGAGGAUUAAGCAGCCGCAGCGCCUGCCUCGAGCACCCGGGCUCGCGGAGAAGCCUGCUCGCAGCAGGGAGCACAGGGCGGGAAGCGGCUCCCUGAGGUACCUCCCGCCUGUUACCCUGCCUGGCUGCCGCCCCAGCACCCGCCGCUGGCACAGCGCAGGCCGCGAACUAUGGCCCGCCGCCCGCACCCGGGCUUCCCCCGGCCCGCCCAGCCCAAGUCCCUUGAACUUUCCCCGGGCGCUCGCAACAAGCGGCCCGCUCUGGGCUGCCCCGUCCGCCGCUGCCCGAACAGCCCCCGCCCCUCCCGGCGAGUUCCCUCUCAAGCACCGCCUGUCCUCAGAGCCUCCAGCAUCCCCGUCACCCGGGAACCCCCUGCGCCUCUCCCCUCCACACCGACCGCACCCCCCUCCGCCACCUCCCCCUUCCCCCCCGCCUCCCCGCACGCGUUCCCUCCUCCCGCCCCGGCCCGCACACGCCCACCCUGCCCCUUCCCCAGAGCCAGACCGGCGCCGGGCAGAGCCCCCCGCUGCUGCUGCUGCUGCUGCUGCCGCCGCCGGCUCCUCUCCCCGGGGCCGCCCCGACCUCCGCACGCUCCUGACCCCGCCGCCGUGGACAGACCCCCUCAACAAAGGAGGGGAGCCGCGCGUCCGCCCGCUCUGUCCGGAUGCGGUGAGCCCGCCGCUUCGCCUCGGCUCGCCUCGCUUCGCCUCCGGUGCCGCGCCAGCGCGGGGGGGAAAAAGAGGAGAAGCGGCGGCGCGACCAGCUGCCACCAUGGGCUGCUGCACGGGGCGCUGCACGCUGAUCUUCCUCUGCUCGCUGCAGCUGCUGGCAGCAUUAGAGAGACAGAUCUUUGACUUCCUUGGUUUCCAGUGGGCUCCUAUCCUUGGCAAUUUCCUACAAAUAAUAGUUGUCAUUUUGGGUUUGUUUGGAACCAUCCAGUUUAGGCCCCGAUAUAUAGUCGUGGAAACUGAUCUCAUGACCUUUAACAUCUCAAUGCACCGCUCUUGGUGGCGGGAACACGGGCCGGGCUGCAUACGAAGGGUGGUGCGUCCUUCUGCCCCUGGCAUCCUGGAGGAUUAUUCCUACGUCUCCGUGACAGGCUGCAUCAUUGACUUCCAGUACCUAGAGGUCAUUCACAGCGCUAUCCAAAUACUCCUCUCUCUGAUUGGAUUUGUGUAUGCCUGUUACGUGAUCAGUAUUUUCAUGGAGGAGGAAGACAGCUACUUGAAUUCAGAGAAGCCUAGUGGGACCACGGACUUCCUUGCUAGGAAGAAGAAUGUGGGAUUUUCUGUUGUGAUGUGGAGAGGAAGGCUCCAGCAGUGCUGGAGGCAACACUGUCUGGUUAGCAGAGGAAAAAAGGUAUUUUGGAGUUUAAAGAAGGUGAAACCCUGUAAGAUGAGUGGUAGAAAGCCUUGGGGUCUGCUUCCACAAGCACUGAAGAAGGCCACUGCGAGGCAGGGUGUAUCUGUGAGCACAGUGUAGUUGCAGAGGAGAGAAGGCAUACAGUGCCCCACACUGAGGAGCAAAUGUCAUGUGGUGAAGCAGGAUUUCUACACAGGAUGUCACUGAUGGAUGUGGGGGCAGGAUGAUAAAUGGGAAGGAGGAUGGACAAAUGGAAAUGGCCUCAUCUGAAAUGGAAAACAAUGUUACGUAGUCUUAAUGUCUUUGAUAUCACAAAGUGGAACAUAUCACCAGAUCAGUAUUCUUCUGGAAAAGCUGAUACCUGACCUCUCAGGCUACUGGAAGUACAUGUUUUAGCAUGAGUAUCAAGUUCAAGGUGUCAGGUCUGCCAAGGCAAACAUUUCUGUACCUGGAUCCAAGCCAAGUCAGCUACUGAUAAAGGAAGGAAGGGCUAUGGAAGAAGCAGGCUCUCCUGACUGACAGCAAAAGAUGAUAACGGGCAGAGGUGUUAAGUAGGUUUUAAAGCAAAGAUUUGAAAAUAAGGCUAUAAAGGAAAGACAAGAAAAACUGCAACAUGGGCUGAAUGUGACAGAGCUUUAGUUUCCAGAUCUUUGAAGUGGAUGUGCACAUGCCCCUUUGUAGAAAAUUCCCGAAGAAAACCCCAACACAGAGCUCAAAAAAGGCAGCAUCAAUUCGAUAAUACACUAGCACAUUUCUUCAAUAGAAAGCUCAACGUUACUGGAUUAUAAAGAAUAGAAAUGAGAAGUUUAUGGCAUUUCCUCCAUUGUUGUCUGUGUCCAUGUGAUUGGAGAGCCAUGCUUCCCAUUUGAGCCUUAGUGAAGUUUCUGGCUUCUUGAAUUGCAGCAGAGUGUGCUUGGCCUCCUGAGUCAUUAGCAGUGCCUUUUCUCCAGCAUCUCUAAGACCUGCCUGGUCUGCUGCUCCCCAUU